UUUUCGGUCCAUACAAAAAAACCCUUCUUUUUUCCCGCGCUGCUAAAUCCCCUCCCCAUCCUUCUCCCAGAUUCACACGCACGCGUUUCUCGCUCACUUCUCACAUCAGUCGCCUCAUUACUUGCCGAUCUCUCCGACUCUCUGGCAUAGCUAAUGGAGUUCUGCCCAACUUGCGGGAACAUGCUGCAAUUUGAGUUGCCCAAUAUGGGCAAAUCUUCCAGAUUCUUCUGCCCGACUUGUCCUUAUGUGUGCCAUUUGGAGAACAGGGUAAAGAUCAAAAGAAAGCAGCAUUUGUUAAAGAAGGAAUUAGAACCCAUAAUCUCUGAUGAUGAUAUGAAAACAGCAGCUCAAACCGAAGCAACAUGUCCAAAUUGUGCAUUUGGUAAGGCUGCUUUUAUACAAUUACAGCUGAGAUCGGCUGAUGAACCUGCUACAACAUUUUACAAGUGCAUGAACGAGAACUGCAGACAUAAUUGGCGUGAGGAUUAAGUGCCCCAAAGAUACAUUUUUUAUGGAUGAAGAUAUAGGUCAAUUUGAGAAAAACAAUACUUUGGGGAGCUGUUGGAACUUCGUGAAGGGCAAAAAUCAAUGUCUUAAAUGUGUUUACAAAACAAAGUUGAACAAAGAUGGCAAAUUAGACGAGAUAAACAGAUAAAGUUUGUGAUAUGAUAUAUAUAUUGUCCGUUUUGAGUAUGACUUUCACGACU